AUGUUCAAAAACACUUUUCAGUCGGGUUUCCUGUCGAUACUGUACAGUAUCGGUAGCAAACCGCUCCAAAUCUGGGACAAAAAGGUCCGCAAUGGGCACAUCAAGCGCAUCACCGACCAGGACAUCCAGUCUUUGGUGUUGGAAAUUAUCGGCACCAACGUUAGCACGACGUACAUUACCUGCCCGGCGGACCCCAAAAAGACCCUCGGCAUAAAGUUGCCCUUUCUGGUGAUGAUUAUCAAAAAUCUGAAGAAAUACUUCACGUUCGAGGUGCAGGUGCUGGACGAUAAAAACGUACGCCGACGGUUUCGGGCCAGCAACUACCAGUCGACAACGCGCGUUAAACCAUUCAUCUGUACCAUGCCGAUGCGGCUCGAUGAGGGCUGGAACCAGAUCCAGUUCAAUCUGUCGGAUUUCACACGCCGUGCGUACGGUACGAACUACGUGGAGACGUUGCGUGUGCAGAUACACGCCAACUGCCGAAUACGCCGCGUGUACUUCUCCGAUCGAUUGUACUCCGAGGACGAGCUGCCGGCGGAGUUCAAGCUGUUCCUGCCAAUUCAAAAGCCCCAGUCGAAGGCUAUCGCCCAGCAAGCCUGCUAA